AUAUGCAGCUAAUAACUUGAAUUAAUUUACAUUCUGAUCCGAUCCUAUAUACACACACGCAUAUAUAUAUAUAUUUGGUUAAAUAUUUGAUGGAAAAUUUUAUCGGUUCUUGAAUCCUUGACAAAAGAAUGUUAAUCAAAAGGGAAAAGAAAGCAGUUAUCAAGCCCACCUUCGUAUCAACAUCGUCAACAGGAUUGCCUAAAUGGCGGCAAUCACCGAUCGAUUUGUGCAGAACGUUCACAUGGACCAAGAAACUUCCACCUCUCUACAUGACGAAUUACUGGUCGGAUAUGGGGACGGUUAAAAUGACGAACACAGGGAGAACAGUCGUUAUAGAAAUUUCCGACAGAUCCCUACCUUUUCUGCGUGGUGGUCCAUUGAAGGACGAGUUUCAAUUUAUGAACGUGCAAUUCCGUUGGGGCGCUGAGAACUCGUGCGGCGCGGAGCACUCUAUAAACGGUAUUUGGUACUCUAUGGAGGCACAGGUGAUGCAUUGGAACACUCGUUACGGAUCGAUAGACAAGUGCUACGACAAACCGGAUGGUAUCGCUGUGCUCUCGUAUUUCAUGCAAGUGGUGGGCUGCCCUGGAAUACCCGACAAUCCCUCCCUAGCGGAAAUUACCAACAACUUGUCAAAGAUCAAGCUAGUGGGAAGCCAGACCACCAUAUCACCUUAUUGCUUGCUUUGGAUGUUGGAAGGGUGCAAAGGUCACAGUUAUUAUACUUACAAGGGUUCUCUUACCACACCACCGUAUCAGGAAUGUGUUAUUUGGAUUAUUUCGCCGAUUGUGAACAAAAUAUCCGUUCGUCAGAUAGACGCGUUUAGAAGCCUAUACGACGGGAAAUUGAAGAACAUAUUGAAAAAUAACAGGUCGCAGCAACGUCUUCACAGAAGAAUGAUUUAUCACAUCACGGAUGACGCUGCAGCAUGAAGAAUAAAUGAAUCGGG